UCUAAAGCAGCCAAUAGGGAGCCAGAGCAGGAUCUUUAUAAUCCCUCCCUCCUCCGAGCAGGAGGCGGCAAACUCGAGAGCGAAGCCCGUCGCUGUGGACUUUUGACACGGACACGCAGCGACACGGCAGGACCUUUUUUCCACGGAUAAACUCAAGACUCUUGCUGGGACGACGACUGAAACUACAAGCAUGCAACACUACGGCGUGAACGGCUACUCUCUGCACGCCAUGAACUCCCUCAGCGCCAUGUACAACCUCCACCAGCAGGCGGCGCAACAGGCGCAGCACGCGCCCGACUACCGGCCCUCCGUGCACGCGCUCACGCUGGCAGAGAGACUAGCAGACAUCAUCCUGGAGGCUCGCUACGGCUCUCAGCACCGCAAACAACGUCGGAGCCGCACGGCCUUCACCGCCCAGCAGCUGGAGGCUCUGGAGAAGACCUUCCAGAAGACCCACUACCCCGACGUGGUGAUGCGGGAGCGGCUGGCCAUGUGCACCAACCUGCCUGAGGCCCGAGUGCAGGUCUGGUUCAAGAACCGCAGGGCCAAGUUCCGUAAGAAGCAGCGCAGCCUCCAGAAGGAGCAGCUGCAGAAGCAGAAGGAGCCCACAGGUGAAGGAACGACCGAGAAGGACGACGGCCCGCCCUCCACCACCUCCGCCAACACCCCGCCUGACUCCCAGCCGCCCCCGUCCUCCUCCUCCUCCACGUCCCUGGGGACGGCAGAGGGUCCCGUGGUGCGCCCGCUACCGCUCCACAUGGAAGUCAACGUCACGUCGGCGGAGCAGUCCGGCAGCGAGUCUGCCACGGAGGACAACGCCACCGACAAGGAGGACGAGAGUAAAUGUCUGCAGCCGGAGGAGGUGCAGAGCGAGGGAGCCAUGACACCGGGCGACGACUCGUCCCCUUACAAGAGACUCAGCCCUAAAGCAGACUCACCCUGCAUCUCUCCGUCCCUGACCCCGUCUUCGUCCAGCAGUGGCCUGGCCGCCGGUGGUCCGCUCCCCCAGAACCACUCCUACUCGUCCUCCCCCCUGAGCCUGUUCCGCCUGCAGGAGCAGUUCCGCCAGCACAUGGCCGCCACCAACAACCUGGUGCACUACCCCGCUUUCGACCUGGGCGCCCCCUCGUCACUUCCCUACCUGGGCAUGAACGUCAACAUGCCGCCGGCGCCGCUGGGCACGCUGCCCUGCCAGUCCUACUACCAGUCGCUGUCCCACCACGCCCAGCAGGUGUGGAGCAGCCCGCUGCUGCAGGCGUCCGCCGCCGCCAGCCUGACCGGCCACAACAGCAAGACCACCAGCAUCGAGAACCUGCGGCUCAGGGCCAAGCAACACGCCGCCUCGCUGGGACUGGACGCCUUGUCUAACUGAAACGCCCGCCUGGACGCAGGAGGACUUGAGGCCACAUUUCCUAGCGGCUACUUCAACUAAAAAGAGGGACAAAAAUAGAACUCGAUGACGUGAACAUUCAUUCAAAGGACAUAUUGAAGGAGAAGGACUCAUAUGGCCCCCUUCUUGGGUGGAGGUUUGUUGUUUUGCAAUGCAUUCUGCUGGAAAUGAUGGAAAGCACCACUCGACAUCGCAACUGACGCCGUGGUCAAAGUUGGAAAUGCCACACAACACAUUUUAAAGUAGCAGUAUAGUGUAAAAACAAGUUGCCUCUAUUUUGACACUAUUAUCAUAUAUAUCAAAUUUAUGACACCUAAAUACUUACAAUGUUUACAAAUAAAUAGAUAUGAUAAAAAUAAUAUCAAUCUCACGGACAUUCUCGAGCCAUUUUAAGAAUAAAUGAGCACGUGACGAAGAGUAGGAACCACAGAUCCCUUCCCCAUCAACAACAAUGCUAAUCAAGCAGACUUUGCGAGAGCCAACAACGACUACUCAUGAUCCAGAACCUUAUAUUUUUGAGCCCGAACACAAAGAGGAUGAGCAAUAAGUUUUAGAAGCCGAGUGCUAAAUGGAUAGAUUGGUUGAUUGGGAAUUUUAGUAGUAGAUUUCACAGUACAGUACAUAUUACGUACAAUUGACCGCUAAAUGGUAACGCCCAAAUAAGUUUUUCAACUUGUUUAAGUUGGGGUCCACGUUAAUCAAUUCAUGGUAAACAAUGCUAAUCAAGCAGACUUUGCGAGAGCCAAUGACGACUACUUAUGAUUCGGAACCUUAUAUUUUUGAGCCCGAACACAAAGAGGAUGAGCAAUAAGU